UGUAGACAGAAAGAGAGAGAGAACUCUAGCAGUCUCUCAGAUCUUGGCUGUGGUGAGGACACCCAGUUGGAAGUGCAUUCCUGAGGCAGCCGGCGACGAAAAAACAGCAGAACAGCAGCGGAGGAGAAGUCGCGACAUCCUUUAAAUGUCUCCGUGACCACGUCUGAGUGCCUCUGACCUCCGCUGGACUCGCACGCUCCUCACCCACACACACACACACACACACACACACACACAGAAACACACACACACACGCUCGCUUGCUGCCUCUACACACCGGCCGCACAACCAAACCGGCUCCGCUGCACCGCGAGAAGUCCAGGAUUUCCCCGAGUGAGGCAAGAGGAAAUUUAAAUCAUUGAACAGAAGCAAAGGAUCACCUCCAUCGAGCUGGUGCCAUGCAGCGGUAAUCUGAGUCAAGCCAAGCUGAAGUGAUCUGUUCUGAAGCCCAUCUUACCCUUCACCCUGCCCUGCUUGAUCCCAGAUGGAGCUCAAAGUGUGGGUGGAUGGAGUGGUGCGGGUGGUAUGCGGCCUAUCUGAGGAGACUUCCUGCCAGGAUGUGGUCAUUGCUCUGGCACAGGCCAUCGGUCAGACAGGCCGGUAUGUUCUCAUCCAGCGUCUAAGGGACACGGAAAGGCAGCUGCUGGCCACGGAGAGGCCUCUGGAGUCUCUCGCGAAGUUAGGCCAACAUGGCAGUGAAGUUCAGUUCUUCUUGCGGCGUACCGGCCCCAGCAGCAGUGACGGACCGAGCUCAAAACAAGAAAGAUCAACUCCCCUUCCACUACCCAAGUAUCCUGAGCCAGAGCCUUCGAAACGUAGCCAGCCUAAGAAAGCCCUGACUUUUAACUUGGGGCCAUCCACCUCCCCUAAAACCAAGGCCAAACAGUUUAAGAGGUCUCCUCGGGACUCUCCAGAGCAAAGAGCCUCCCCCUCCUCUUCUCCCAGCCCUGUAUCCCCUCAUGUGCCAUCCCCUUCUCCCUCACCACCUAUAGGCCCUUCCAAGGAAGAGGUCUUUAGGAAAGUUCUUCAGCAACAAGAGAGACUGAGGGCCAUUGAGGCCCAGCUAGAAUCCCUGGAGAGGGAGUCGCAUACGUGGGAGCGCCCCUACCCGUCUCCACAUCCCUCACCAGUCCCAGAGGUUCACUUGCAAGACGAGCUGGACGCUUUGGAGCAAGUGAUGCGGAGGAACCAGGCCGAGCUCGCACAUGAGCUGUACUGGGAGGAGCAAUUUCAAGCCGAGGUGGAAAGGGAGCAAGGAAUGAGGAGGAAGCUCGGGGAGCUCCAUGCCAAGCUAGACGACUGUGGACGGCGGCUCCACGAGUUCUCAGUUCGCUCUGCUCAGCUGGAGCAAGAGAUCCAGCGGGAAAGCCAGGCGGAGGGGAAAGCCAAUGGGCCCGAGGAGUCGCUAGACGCUGUGAAGACGGAGCUCCGGAGCCAGGAGAGGCAUGGGACAGACCUGGAGGAGCAGCUAACUGAGACUGACAAGGCUCUGGGGAAGGCAGAGUCUCUGCUGCAGGUCAAACAGGAGGAGCUGGAAGAGUUGAAUAAGGAGCUGAGGCAGUGUAACCUACAGCAGUUUAUCCAGCAGACAGGUGUCCUGCCAGCGCACACCCACUCACGCACGGAGCUUCAGGAGCAGCUGGAGCAGCUGGAACUGGCACAGUUUCUGCAGGAGGGAUAUAGGAACGGAAGUCGCAGUGUAACUCCAGUGGAAUCCCCGCCUCGCCCCACUGCCAAACAGUUCCUGGGACAUCCACGCAACCUGCAAAACCCUCUAGUGUCCAGUCUCAACCCUGAGGUCCUGACAUCCCGAGAGUCGUCAUGGAGAUAAAACACGGACCGCAGGGCCGAGAGAAAGUUGUUCACUGUUCUGUCACCCGUCACGUCUUAUUUAACCCUUUGCUUUGUAACACUUCCAUUCAUUAUUCAAUCUACUAUGAUAUACAUACUGUAUAUACGUAAGACAAAUAUAUUUACAGAGUUUUGCUACUGUAAACACUGCUAAGUAUCUAUAUGAAAUGUAAAAUAAUUUAGAGACCUUUGACCUAGAGAAAUUAUUACUAUUACUAUGUAUUUAAAUAUAAUAAAAUGUGCAUUGUGUUUUAGAUAAUAUUUUGCCGAGUGCUUGUUUUUCUUUGUACCCUCUUUAUUAAAUCACUUUUAAUUAUAAUCAGCGAGUUGCAGUAACUGGAAGUGGAGGUUCAGUACGUCUGUAAUUUCUUGCAGUAAAUAAUUAACUCACAAAUGUACAGUUUCUAAAAAUUACAGUGCCAAGAACAAGCUCCUAUGUGAAAUGCAUUAUGAAUAUAUUAUAAGUGCUGAAAUAUGCAUGCUCCAACUUAUUGCUUGAGGUACAAUGGGCCCUGUGGUGCCCACACGAUAAUUUCGGGGGUAUUUUAAAGCUGUUAUUCACAGGUGGCUGACUGAAAGUUCACAAAGUGCAUCCUUGGAUGCUGAGGGAAAUGUGGCAAACAUCCUGGCGUCACAGCUGUUGCUGUUAUGGAUGAUGUGACACGGUGCAUCUGCAAGACGUGAUGGUGGAGGCACGAGAGACUUGUGAGCAUCUGACAAGGCUGACUGUAUUUAGCUAUGAAUGUUGAAGUUGCUUUUAGGAUCACGCUAUCAGUAUAAAGAUCUGGAUUUCUCUUUGUCACCACCAGAGGACAUGUGACUGCAGAACACUGUGGACUUUAGACCUCUGAGUCCAUGUAUGGCUUAUCUCUGUAGAAUACUAACGACCGAACAACAGCUGUUUCUUUAGACAUAGGUGAUAAACAUCGCCCUGAUAUGGGAUAAGCAGAUAACUACUCGGCUUGAGCACAACACACUUGUCCUCCGCUCCUUUCCUGUUUGUUUACCCUGGAGAGUAAAUACACUGGCUGUCACACACUGAGCCUCCCUAGUGCUCUGGCCAACCCCGGACUGAAACCCUGCGGACUUCUAUAAAUACUCUCAUCUGCUAACAUGUGCCAGGUAAAAUUCCAAGCAACGCACACAUUUCUUGUUUUUCUUUUUUUCCCCUCCCACAAAUGCAUACUGAAAACUGUUUCCAUCCAUCCAAAUCACUGGCUGUUCUAAUUAAAUCUUUCCCUCUUCA